AUUCAGCAGGAAGUGACGAAAAAAAGCGGAAAGACGUCGGUGACUGGACUUUUUUGAAAUUAGUGCGGGUUUUUUUUUUUGCCUGUUGACAAGUUCGUGUCACGUUUUGGUUAAGGCGCUGACAUCUUGGAUAGGACAAUGUCAAAAAUUCCCAGAGGAGGGAAUCUUCUUGCAGACUCAAAAAAAGCAGCCGCUCAUAGAAAUUACGUGAAAGAGGCAGCACCUGCAACCAAUCCCCCAAAAGACGAUGUCCUCAAACAAAAAGAAAACGUGAUGCGAAAACAUGUUGCCCACAAGGUUUACAAAGGCGUUUCAACAAAGCAUGAUGCGCAGGAACACCUGAAGGAGCAGAACCAACAGUUAAUGGCUGCUAAUGAGGAACUGCAAACAAUCCUCACAGAAGAACAGAAACGACUCGCUCACAUGGAGCGGCAGUUUUGUGUCCUUGGAAAGGAAAAUUCGGAGCUGACCAAAAACCUCCAGGACUGCCAGAUACUGCUAGUGGCUGCAAAAAUAGACCCCAUCUCUGGAGAAGUCGUCGGAGAAGCUGCACGCGAAAUGAAAGAACAAAGGAAAGAAGUAAUGAGCGUUUCCACAGACCUUCUGAAGGAAUUAAAGGAUUUUGGUGUCAUGGCAACUCAGCAGCAAUCUCGUCUACAGGAGAUACAGACAACAAUUACCCACCUGACGGAAGCAAGGGAGCAGAUGACGCAAGAGAGGGAGACUUUUUCCCUGGAAGCGGCUGACAUGGAAAAAGCUCUAAUGGAGGCAGAAGCUCUGUUGUUGUAAACAUGUACAACAAAAAUAAGUGUCAUAUUUCAGAAUAAAUUGUUUAAUAUUAUUGUUA